AUGCUACGAGAAUCCAGAAACAAAACAAAUGCCUCCUACAGACGAUUAGGAAGCAGUGGCCUCUAUGUCUCGGUCCCUGUUCUUGGUGGCAUGAGUGUAGGGUCCUCGGAAUUCGGCAAUUGGAUUCUCGAGGAAUCUGAGGCACUUCCUCUGUUGAAAGCAGCAUACGAUCGUGGAAUUAAUACUUGGGACACCUCCAACAACUACUCGAACGGUGUAUCAGAGGAAAUAUUCGGCAAGACCAUCAAACACUACAACAUUCCUCGACAUAAAAUUCUCAUCCUUACCAAGUGCUGGGCACCUGUCAGUGAGCAUGAAAAUACAUACGUUGUCCCAUUCGCUGAAACAAUGAGGGAAGACAAGGAAUACGUCAAUCAAUUUGGCCUUUCUCGUCAAGCCAUUUUCAAUUCAGUGGAUGCCUCACUUCGACGACUUGGCGUAGAUUAUAUCGACCUUUUCCAAAUCCACCGAUUCGACCCAAAUACCCCCAUUGAAGAAACCAUGGAAGCACUGCAUGAUCUUGUUCGAAAUGGAAAGAUUCGCUACAUCGGAGCUAGUUCGAUGAGAACCUAUCAAUUUGCGAUGAUGCAGUUCUGUGCUGAGAAACACGGCUGGACCAAGUUCAUUUCUAUGCAGAACCAGUACAGUCUCACAUAUCGGGAGGAGGAGCGGGAGAUGAUCCGUUUUUGUAACGAGACAGGCGUCGGUUUGAUUCCAUGGAGUCCACUCGAUGCUGGUCGACUGGCGCGACCUCUACAACAAGUCGGGGCAACUGAUCGUCUAGAGACGACUCUCCCAAGCGAUAUUCCGAGUAUAGAUGCAGAGAUCAUCAACCGAGUGGAAGAGAUAGCUAAAAAGAAGGAUUGGACUAUGAGCCAGGUUGCCUUGGCUUGGGUGAGCCGUCGUGUGACUGGCCCCAUUGUUGGCUUUAGUUCGGUGGAAAGAAUCGAUGAAGCUAUAGACUGUGGAGUUAGGACCUUGACAAUUGAGGAGGAAACUUACCUCGAGGACCCAUAUUUGCCUAAGGGCAUUAGUGGUCAUGAUUAA